CUUGUUCUCCUUGCUCUUGUGGCUGCGGCCACCGCAGCUGAUGAUAUUUCUGCUGCACAGAAACAGCAUGAGGUCAAUUUCAUGCUGCACAAGAUCUAUGGAAAUAUCCGCGAUCCAGAACUCAAGAAAAUCGCCGAUACCUUUGACCCAGAAGCGGAUUUAUCUCAUUAUAGUGAUGGUGGUGAGGCAGUACAUGCACUCAUUAGGGAUUAUAAGGACCAGAAACUCCUUGAACAGAAGCACUAUUUCUCACUGUUCAACGCCAGACAUCGUGAAGAGGCCCUUAUGCUUUUUGAUGUACUCAUUCACUGCAAAGAUUGGAAAACAUUUAUCAGUAACGCCGCCUACUUCCGUCAAAUAAUCAACGAAGGAGAAUUUGUCUAUGCAUUUUACGUUGCAAAUAUACAUUCUCCUUUGGCUACGACAAUUGUACUUCCUCCGCUGUAUGAGGUAACACCCCAUCUCUUCACCAACAGUGAAGUUAUCGAAGCAGCUUACCGUGCACAGCAAACACAAACGCCAGGCAAGUUCAGGUCCACUUUCACUGGCACAAAGAAGAACACUGAACAGCGUGUAGCCUACUUUGGUGAGGAUAUUGGUUUGAAUACUCAUCACGUCACCUGGCAUAUGGAAUUCCCAUUCUGGUGGGAGGACAAGUACAAAUACCGACUGGACCGCAAGGGAGAGAACUUCUUCUGGGUUCAUCACCAGCUUACCGUCCGUUUCGAUGCCGAACGACUUUCCAAUCACCUGGACCCAGUAGAAGAACUGGACUGGAAAAAGCCCAUCCACCACGGCUUUGCCCCUCACACCAGCUACAAGUACGGAGGACAGUUUCCUUCUCGUCCCGAUAACGUUAAUUUUGAAGAUGUUGAUGAUGUCGCUCGUAUUCGUGACAUGAUCAUCAUCGAUAGCCGAAUCCGUGAUGCAAUUGCCCAUGGAUACGUCAUCGACGAAGAAGGAAAACACAUCGACAUCCAGAAUGAACAUGGUAUUGAUAUCCUUGGAGACAUUAUUGAAUCAUCUAUGUACAGCCCUAAUGUCCAGUACUAUGGAGCUUUGCAUAACACUGCUCACAUUGUACUUGGAAGGCAAGCUGAUCCCCAUGGAAAGUACGAUUUACCCCCUGGUGUGCUGGAACACUUCGAAACUGCCACCCGUGACCCCAGCUUCUUCAGGCUUCAUAAGUACAUGGAUAACAUCUUCAAGGAACACAAGGACAGUCUCCCUUCUUACACCAAAGAAGACCUAGAGUUCUCAGGCAUUGUCAUUGAUAACCUUUGCACUGAAGGUGAACUGGCCACCUACUUCGAAGAUUUUGAGUACGAUCUUAUCAACGCUGUCGACGAUACUGAGAAAAUCAAAGACGUAGCCAUUUCUACAUACGUCCCUCGUCUUAACCAUAAAGAUUUCGCCUUCAAGAUCGACAUCGAAAACCAGAACCAUGAAGACAAGUUGGCUGUCAUCCGUAUUUUCGCUUGGCCUCACGCUGACGCAAACGGUAUUGAAUUCACUUUUGACGAAGGUCGCUGGAAUGCCAUUGAACUGGAUAGAUUCUGGACUGUCUUGAAGGAAGGAAUGAACCACAUUGUCCGCGAAGGCCGCGAUUCUGCUGUAACCGUCCCUGAUGUGCCUAGCUUCCGCUCUCUCUUCCAAAUGACUGAUAAGGCUAAGAACGGUCUGCGAAGUGGCCUGGAAGAGUUCGUGAGUGCAACGGGCCUGCCGAACCGCUUCAUUCUCCCAAAGGGUAACCACGAAGGUCUGAAAAUGGAUCUAGUAGUUAUCGUUACAGACGGCGAGGCCGACGCAGCCGUCGAAGGACUACACGAGAACAAUGACUUUAUUCACUACGGCAUUAAUGGCGUUUACCCUGACAAGAGAUCGCACGGUUUCCCACUUGACCGCCAUGUUGAGGACGAGCGACUCUUUGAAGAACUUGACAACUUCAAGCACAUCCAUGUAAAGAUCUACAACCACGGAGAACAUAUCCACAAGCAAUAAAUGAUGAUGAGGAUUAUGAGAGAAAGUCUAACGGUAAUGAUAUCUUAGGGAAUUACAUUAAAAGCCAAUGCAAAAAA